CGAGAGCCGCGCCCAGCCCCGGGCAGAUUCCAGCCGCGCGCCCUGCGCUCGCCGUCGCCACUCGCUGGGGACCUCUCACCAUGCAGACCGCUCCGCACCACCCCGUCGCCAUCCAUAUGCAGCCUCACGACGGCAAGGAGUCGGACGCGCCGCCGUACCCCUACGCCAGAGCGGCCACGGGCCCGCAACCCAAUGACUACGUGCUGUGGUCCCUGUUCAGCUUCUCGUUCCUGAACGCCUGCUGCCUCGGCUUCGCCGCGCUCGUCUUCUCCAUCAAGUCAAGGGAUCGCAAAGUUGUUGGAGAUCCUGAAGGCGCAACUACCUAUGGCAAGACCUCCAAGUGCCUGAACAUCGCUGCUCUGAUAGUGAGCGUCAUAAUAUUAAUCAUCUCCAUCAUCAUCCUUAUUACCUUCGCAGCAGCUUUCCAAGCACAAAUGCAAGAGAUGAUGAAGAAACGCCACUAAUUGUAGUGUUGGCUCAGUGGCAAAUUGAGAAGGCAGAAUAUUUUCCCCAGCAUUAUAGCAUUGCUUGUAAGCUUGGGCUUGCCUUUGCUUCUCUGAGUGUACUCAACCUGCUCAUCCACUUGCAAGGAAGGAGGCAUUCCACACAGAACCUGGUACUUAUGGAGAUGCAGAAAGGUCAAGGCAUGUUUGCCUACAAAGAUGACUACAUGACCCCUAGGGUCCCUUCCAACUCCACGGUUCUAUGAUUCAAUGAAAGAUGGAGGAGAGACUCAGAUGUCAUCUUGAAAUUCACCAUCCAGUUUAAGAUGCUUAUUGAGAAACAAGGUUUGUUUGAUGCUCUUUCUUUGUUCAAGAUCUGGAUUCUUGGCCUUCCUUCAUCCUGUUGCUCAUGAAAUUUAAUCAUUUUAAUUUUUUUAUUGGUUUUCCAGUUCAACAAGUUUCUCACUCAAGAUGUGUACUGCAGCUUUUCUGUAUUGAAACAUGAAGUCUGGGGUGAAUUCUGAGCAAAUAAACACAUGCCUACCUUA